CGCACCGGCACAGCCGCUCCAGCGCCGCCGCCGCCGCCAGCGCCUCCCUCAGCCGCCGACCCGCCGGACCCCGCCGGGCCCCGCCAGCGCCUCCCUCGGCCGCGGCGGGAGCUGGGGGCGGGCGGCCUCCCCGGGGCGGAGCCGGCGCUAGCGGCGGGGGCGCGGAAAUCGAGGCCGGGGCUCCGUCGCGGCCUUGCUGGUGCUGCGGGAGGAGGAGGAGGCGGAGGCCCCGCGCCGCCCCCGCCGCCGCCUUUGUCUGCGCGGGGCCGGGCGGACGCGGCGGGGCCGUGAGAAUGGAACUGACUGAAGGCCCUAUGAGAAAAAGGGAAAGCUAAGGAUGCUGGAGCAGAACAAUGGAUUUCUCUUUCUCUUUCAUGCAAGGGAUCAUGGGAAACACAAUUCAGCAACCACCUCAACUCAUUGACUCGGCCAACAUCCGCCAAGAGGAGGCCUUUGAUGGCAGCAGUGACAUUGCCGAGGAUGGGGGCCGGACGCCGUACGAGGCCGCGCUGCAGCAAGGCUUCCAGUACCCCACGCCCUCAGAGGAGCUGCCCACCCUCACCAACGGCUACCCCCCGGCCAUCAGCAUGUACGAACCCCAGGGCAAGUACCAGGGCUACCCUCAGUACCCCAAUGGAUCUGCCAAUGGCUUUGGGACAGGCAGGAACUUCAGCCCCACGGAGUAUUACCAGCUGGAGAACUCCAAUGGCAGGCAGCACGAAGUGCUGGAGAAACCUUCCCCUCCUCCCCAGCCGCCUCCACCACCACCACCACCACCUCCACAAGUGGGGAUUCCAAAGAAGACUGGCUCACCAGAGAUCAAACUGAAAAUAACCAAAACUAUCCAGAACGGCAGGGAAUUGUUUGAGUCCUCCCUGUGUGGGGACCUGUUGAAUGAAGUCCAAGCGAGGGAGUACGCUAAGGCAAAACAUGAAGGGAGGAAAGAGAAAAGGAAAAAAAGUAGCAAGCAUGACUCUUCCCGCUCGGAAGAGCGCAAGGCACACAAAAUUCCAAAAUUAGAACCAGAGGAGCAAAAUAGACCAAAUGAGAGGCUUAGCACACUCUCUGAGAGACCAAGAGAAGAUGCAGUGCUGGAGGAAGCCCCGGUCCAGCAGCUCGUGCCAUCCCUUCCAGCACAGGUCACCCACGACGUCAAGUUCCAGGUUGGGGAUCUGGUUUGGUCCAAGGUGGGGACGUACCCAUGGUGGCCUUGCAUGGUGUCCUGUGAUCCACAGCUUGACGUGCACACCAAAAUUAAUACAAGAGGUGCCCGGGAAUACCACGUUCAGUUCUUCAGCAACCAGCCAGAGCGGGCCUGGGUGCACGAGAAGCGCGUCCGCGAGUACCAAGGGCACAAACAGUACGAGCAGUUACUGGCUGAGGCAGCCAAGCAAGCCAGCAACCACUCUGAGAAACAGAAGAUUCGCAAGCCGCGGCCGCAGCGGGAGCGAGCGCAGUGGGACAUUGGCAUUGCCCACGCCGAGAAAGCGCUGAAAAUGACCCGGGAGGAGAGGAUAGAACAGUACACCUUCAUUUACGUAGACCAAGAGCCAGAGGAAGCUUUGGCCAAAGCCAAAAAGACUGCUGCUUCCAAAGCAGAGGCCAAGAAGAACCGGCGGCCGAAGGCGGCGCCGAGCUCGCAGCCGGAGCACGGCCCUGCGGCCCCGGGCUCCUCACCCUGCCACGGUGAGCGCCGGCAGGGCCAGCGCAGGCACUCCAGCCCCGAGGAGGAGGAGGCUCCACCUGUGAAAAUCGCCUGGAAAACAGCUGCAGCUAGGAAAUCCCUGCCAGCUUCCAUCACCAUGCACAACCUGGAUCUGCAAAAGUGUAACAUGUCUCCGGUUGUUAAAAUUGAGCAGGUUUUUGCCCUUCAGAAUGCUGCUGGGGAUGGAAAGCUCAUCGAUCAAUUUGUUUAUUCCACCAAGGGAGUUGGUAACAAAACAGAAAUAAGCGUCAAAGGACAAGAGAAAUUGAAUUCUUCGUCAGCUCAGAGAAGUGAGAAAGCUGUGGUGCAAAAUGCAUCUUCUCCUGAGACAACUUCUGGGGCAGCAGGUUCUGUAGAAAAGAAGCAACAGAGAAGAUCGAUUCGAACCCGCUCCGAGUCUGAGAAAUCCACUGAAGUUGUGCCAAAGAAGAAGAUCAAAAAGGAGCAGGUUGAAGCUGUCCCACUGGCAGCAGUGAAGACGGGGUUGCAGAAAGGUGCCAGUGAGAUUUCAGACUCCUGUAAACCCUUGAAGAAGAGAAGUCGUGCCUCCACUGACAUGGAGCUGACCAGCUCAGCCUACAGGGACACGUCUGACUCUGACUCCAGAGGACUCAAUGAUUUGCAGGGCAGCUUUGGGAAGCGUUCAGACAGCCCCUCAGCCACUGCUGAUGCUGAUGCCUCAGAUGUGCAGUCAGUGGACUCCAGCUUAUCCAGGAGAGGAACUGGAACAAGUAAAAAAGACACUGUUUGUCAGAUCUGUGAGAGCUCUGGCGAGUCGCUGCUGGCCUGCGAGGGCGAGUGCUGCAGCAUGUUCCACCUGGAGUGUCUCGGCCUGAAGGCCAUGCCUGAGGAAAAGUUCAUCUGCACCGAGUGUAAGAAUGGAGAGCACACGUGCUUUUCCUGCAAGCAGCCUGGCAAGGACGUGAAGCGCUGCUCUGUCAGCACCUGUGGGAAGUUCUACCACGAGUCCUGCGUGCGCAAGUUCGCCACGGCCCUGUUCGAGUCGCGCGGCUUCCGCUGCCCGCAGCACUGCUGCACCGCCUGCUCCAUGGACAAGGACAUGCACAAAGCCAGCAAAGGUCGCAUGGCGAGAUGUCUGCGCUGCCCCGUGGCCUAUCACUCUGGAGACGGCUGCAUCGCUGCAGGAAGCUUGUUUGUGUCAUCCCACAUCCUCAUCUGUAGUAACCAUUCCAAAAGGACUCACUCCUCAUCAGCUGUAAAUGUAGGCUUUUGUUUCGUUUGUGCAAGAGGGCUGGUAGUGCAGGACCAUUCAGACCCCCUGUUCAGUUCCUAUGCCUAUAAGUCCCACUACCUACUGAAUGAGUCAAAUCGUGCUGAGUUGAUGAAAUUACCUAUGAUUCCUCCUCCUUCGUCAGCUUCCAAAAAGAAAUGUGAGAAAGGUGGCAAACUGUUGUGCUGUGAGUCGUGCCCAGCUUCCUUCCACCCCGAGUGUCUGAGCAUAGAAAUGCCUGAGGGCUGCUGGAAUUGCAAUGACUGUAAAGCUGGCAAGAAGCUGCGGUACAAGCAGAUCGUUUGGGUCAAGCUUGGGAAUUACAGGUGGUGGCCAGCAGAGAUCUGCAAUCCCAGGUCUGUGCCUCUCAACAUACAGGGCCUCAAACAUGAUAUCGGGGACUUCCCAGUAUUUUUCUUUGGUUCACAUGACUACUAUUGGGUACACCAGGGCAGAGUUUUCCCUUAUGUUGAAGGAGAUAAAAGCUUUGCUGAGGGGCAAACUAGUAUUAACAAGACCUUCAAGAAAGCACUUGAAGAAGCAGCAAAGCGUUUCCAGGAACUGAAAGCACAAAGAGAAAGCAAAGAGGCAUUGGAAAUUGAAAGGAAUUCAAGGAAGCCUCCACCCUAUAAACACAUUAAAUCCAACAAGGUGAUCGGGAAGGUGCAGAUCCAGGUUGCAGACCUGUCGGAGAUCCCGCGCUGUAACUGCAAGCCCUCAGAUGAGAACCCGUGUGGGCUGGAGUCAGAGUGCCUCAACAGGAUGCUGCAGUACGAGUGCCACCCUCAGGUGUGCCCAGCUGGGGAGCGCUGCCAGAACCAGUGCUUCACCAAGAGGCUCUACCCCGACGCUGAGAUCAUCAAAACCGAGCGCCGCGGUUGGGGCCUGCGCACCAAGAGGAGCAUCAAAAAGGGUGAAUUUGUGAAUGAAUACGUUGGGGAGCUGAUUGACGAGGAGGAGUGCCGGCUGCGGAUCAAGCGUGCUCACGAGAACAGUGUCACCAAUUUUUAUAUGCUGACUGUAACCAAGGACCGAAUAAUAGAUGCUGGCCCAAAGGGGAACUACUCUCGUUUUAUGAACCAUAGUUGUAACCCAAACUGUGAAACACAGAAGUGGACAGUGAAUGGUGACAUUAGAGUUGGACUGUUUGCUCUUUGUGACAUUCCUGCAGGAAUGGAAUUAACAUUCAAUUACAACCUGGAUUGCUUGGGCAAUGGCAGGACCGAGUGUCACUGCGGAGCAGAAAACUGCAGCGGCUUCCUGGGAGUGCGGCCCAAGACAGCAUUUGCAUCGGCAAAUGAAGAGAAGGUGAAAAACGCAAAACUAAAGCAGAAGAAACGGAAAAUAAAAACAGAACAGAAGCAGAUGCAUGAAGAUAACUGUUUCCAGUGUGGAGAUGGGGGAGAGCUGGUCAUGUGUGAUAAGAAGGACUGUCCCAAAGCAUACCACCUCCUAUGCCUUAACCUGACUCAACCACCUUUUGGAAAGUGGGAAUGUCCAUGGCAUCAGUGUGACAUCUGUAGCAAUCCUGCCGUGUCCUUCUGUGAGUUUUGCCCCCACUCCUUCUGCAAGGAUCACGAGAAGGGAGCCCUGGUGCCGUCGGCGCUGGACGGCCGCCUCUGCUGCUCCACCCACGACCCCAAAUCUCCUGUGGCACCCGAGUACUGGAGCAAGAUCAAGUGCAAAUUGGAAGCACAGAACGCUGUGGAAGAGGCAAAGGAGUGAAUUUGGGUUAAAAACAAACACGGGAGGGGAGAAGAGGGGCAGCAGGCGAUGAACUCGGAGUUUGCAGCGCCACACUCGGCUUUGUCCUCGGAGCCGUCACGUGUGAGCUGGAAUGGGACCAUUGAGCUGAGCGAGAAGGACCAGGCAGUGGUGUUUGGUUUUUAUUGUUUGGUCUUUCUUUUACCCUUGAAUGUGCUACAGCAGCUCUUACUGUUGGAAACCAGGAGCGUCUUGGCCUUUGAAGAAAACCGUAACACUUUUGACAGUGAAAAGAAUAUUCUGUUUAAAAUAAUGUUCUUUGAGUGUAGAAAGCAAAGCAUAGCCACAUAUUUAUUUAUUUAAUUUUGAAAGGGUGUUGAAGAUCUGGCUUUGAUCGGUCAUCGUGUCUUUAAAAACAAAACAGCGAAGCCAACGUAACUUUUGUGUCUAGUUUAUGGAAAGAGCAAAGCCUGUCCCCUCUGUAACACUGAGAUGCCAAACAGACAGGUGUGGGUGUCAGACCAGGUGGCUCUGCAAUGCCUCUGUUCCACUACUUAUUGGUAAAGGCAUUGGAGAAGGUAGGUUGUCUCUCAUGUUUACUUCUGAAUAUUAUUGUGAAGCUUUUCCUGUGAGAAAUCAGGUGUGUGACUUCUGGGAAGUGCUCGUAACACAAGGUCUGGCAGUGAGGAGGAAAUGCUCCAGAGCUGUCUUGGGUGUUUGCAGACAUGCAAAAAUUCAGAGUUUAAUUGCACAGUGGUCAUUCCUGUAUCCCACCUAUAUUUUGGAAACCCCUCCCAGCCUCAGUCAGAGCUGAAGGCAGUCCUGCCAGUGGCUUCCUCACCUGGUUUGGUGGCAGUUCCUGAGUGAUUCUUCAGUCCUGCCUUCUCAGGCUCCCCUUGGCUUCAGGGAGACUUGGCCACGUGAGGGACCUGACCCAUGUGCAUGUUGGUUUUAAUGGAGUGUUAAUAUUUUUUUGUUGAGAGAGAGAGAUCUUCUAACUUUAAUCUUCAUUGUUAAUGGAGCUGAGGAACAUCUCAGCACUUCCUCAAUGAACAGGGUAUUUUGUGUCUGGGUAAGGGGCCAUAUCCCAGCAGCCAGCUGAUGCCUCAGGAGAUGGUUCUGUCUUGGAUUUCCUCUGUUAAUCAGAGAGACAGACUCCUUCAGUGAGGCUUUCAAGGUGGCUUAGGUUGCCUCUUGCUCCAGAAUUUUUUUAGAAAACCUCUAUUCCUCCAUUUUUUUGUGCAAGGAGCCACAGGGCACUGGUGUCCCCAGGCUGGAGUUAGUUUUGGUGACUCUUCCCCCUCAGCCCACAAUCUCACCAAGCACUGUCCCCUCCCCUGCCCUGGUACAGUGACUACUUCUGCCUUGUGUACUGAUAACAGCUACUCCCUGCCAGCCUCUGCUCGUGGGUACUGAAAAUAAUCAAAUCUUGCUGGCAUCUGAGCCUUGGAAUUAAUCACCUUGUCUCUGGAAAACUGCUGACACAAACCUGUGGGAACACAGAGACUUCUCAGAUCAAGAAAAAAAAAAAUCUGUGUGGAAUUUA